UUUUUUCUUCUCUUCGAAGCAACAAUCAAACAUGCCUGGCUGCGGAACUGCUGGAUGCACUUGCGCCGAUUGCGGCUGCGCUGCCGGUGCCUGCAACUGCGGCAAAUGUAAGUUCUCUCGUCGUUCAACAUCCACCUACCCUCCUCCGUAUCAAUCAAUGCUGAUAACUCUCUGUGUAGAAAUCAACAACCAAUGUACAUCUCCAAUGACAGUAAAUAACGUUGGCAUCGACAACUGAGCCUCGACGACGCUCCGACUCGACAACUCCCCAACUACGAUGUUUUCGAUGUCCAACACCAAC